AUGAGGUGCUCGGAAGCAUCAUGGAAACGCGGUCAAGGGCCGGUGCCCAGCGCACUGGAUAGUCCGAGUUACGACAACGGAACCGGCGCACUGGAUCCACAGUUCAUCCGCGAGAAUCGACUCCCGUCCCACGUGAAGACGGCCCGAGAUUUGUACGCAUACCAAAAGCAGCGCGACGCUCAGCAAUUAUUGAGUCCAUCAGCUGCGAUCCGAAAUUUCGGGCAAGCGGGUUCGCUCUACUCCGAAUCGUCAUACUUUGAACGAGAUUCGUACAACUCGUAUAGUUCCUGGUCUGGUCGGUCGUCCGCCCAAGGCCAGUCUUGCGAAAUCUCCCGCCCUUUGAAUGUCAGAGGACCUGCGGUGAAGUCACUUGUUCAUGCAGACCCAAUGGUCCGCGGACUGAGAGGUUUGUAUGCCAUGCGCGCCUUCCCCCGUGUCCUUCCAGGUGCCAGGCGAGUGACUCCGUAUGAAGGAUAUUGGCUCCAUCGUGGUACCUUGAGAAAAAUACCCGGAGAGAAGGCAGGUAAAGGCGUUUGGUGGAAGAAGAAACAGCAGAAGACGCCUGCCAAGGAAGCCACGAAUAGUAGUGUCGAGACCAGUGGAUGGUAUUCCGACUGA